AUGGAACCACCACCUAUCCCACCUGCCUACUAUUCGGAUCCACCAGAAGCGCACGAGGAUCCGAUCCUCAAGUUCUUUUGGUUCGGUCCCGAUCAAAGGUCUGAACGAGGGCCAGAACGAACUCGAAGAACUACUAUGAGCUGGCAAUCGGCGGCAUCCACGUCCCGUCAAGAUGUCCUGAUUAUCAGUGAGCCCCGACGAUUCUCCUGCGCCAUCGUGGAGUCGACGUCGAUCACGCCACCCCUACCAAAACGAGUGGUGGAGAAGCGAAGAAGCUCGUCGACAUUCGAUCGUCUGUGUCGCCACUUAAAGGACGGCUACGACACCCACUCGUUUAUCCCCCCACAUAUCUCAUCUCCACACCUCAUCUCAUCUUGUCUUUAUUAUCCUUACGACGCAUACUACAGUACUUACUGUGUAUUGACAUAUAGAAUGCUUCUCGCCAGACAAACUGGGAGUACCACCACCACUAUUUUGUUGUUGUCAUCAGCAGUUCGUCAUGUUCCUUCCUUCCGUCGACUUAUUGCAACAAUGUGUCACCUGAUGGCUGCUGCGGCGGCUGCUGCUGCUGAAAAUUACGCUCUCUCUUUUUUAUCUUCUUUUUUCUAUCCCUUCUCUCAUCGUAAAGCCCCCCAUUCACUUCCGGUGGAACAAUUGCCGACUGGAGGUCCCAGGCACCAUCGCCACGAGGAAGAAGGAAUGACUACUAUCACUACUGUAAUCAUCAUAACAGACUGA